AUGCGUAUUCGCUACCCUUUCGCAGGAGCAUUUGCUUUCCUUUUGAUUCUCGCCGCCUAUAUUGGUCUCCUCCCCCACAGUACAUCCUCGUCAAUUCCCUCGAAUCUUCAACCGAAUGACAAGUUCCUACACCUCGUCACCUUCUUCCUGCUAACCGCUGCCUUUUAUUGGGUUGUGGACACAUCACGGCGGCGCACCUUACAUAUCACCCUCUUGGUCUGCACUCUCUUCUUGGGCCUCGGCUCAGAGAUUGUGCAGGGAUUUCUUCCCAAUGGGCGCGACUUUGAUCCGUUCGAUAUACUCGCCAACGUUGUCGGCAGUCUCGGCGCAGUGGGUCUCUGCAGCUGGUAUCAUCGCCGCAUGCUAGAGCGCCGUCGCCAGAGCCGAUUCGGUCUGAUGGAAGGCGGAGAGGACGAGGACGUUGAACUUGGAACUGGACUUGGUAGAUCUCGUGAUGAAGAGGGUCUCGGUCCUCAAGAAUCGGGCGUGACGAACUUGGAGCAAGAAGUGGACAAUUGGGAUGAGAAUGCCAUUGACAACUGGGACACGGAGGAGGGUCCAGAGCCUUCGGAUCACGGGCCUGCGCCUCCAAGCUAUACUGAGACUCAUUCGGCUGUUGAGAUCCCCGCGAAGCGAAGCGACUAA